AUGACCCUUCUUCAAACACCUCCCCCUAAAAAACUCUCCAGCCUAGGCCCAGCCUUUGAAUUCAAUCCAACUCGUGCUCGUGCCUUUCAAACUCGUCGUAAACUCAGACACCACAACUCCCCAUCUUCUUCUAGCAUAACUCCAGCUGCUACUGUGAUUGGAACAUCACUUUCUUCUCACUCAGCACGUAACGCACAUUCACACGCAUAUACUCGCGCAGCACGCGCUGCUCGUGCCGCUCGUGCUGCAUGCAUAGCAGCUUCAGUCAUGUCUUCUUCUUCUUCUUCUUCUUCUUCUUCUUUUUCUAAUACUCCCCAGUACCCAACAAAACAAACAAAUACAGACGGUAAGCGCGCUGCAGCUGCGGCACUCCAACAUGUGUUUCGAUAUGACUUGGUCCCGACAAGCUCUGGGGUUCCAAGUUCAAAUUCUACAGAGGUCACUCAAAAUCGACAAGACCAAGCAAAGUCUGCGCUGGUUGUUGCUGGACCUGGGCUUCGAGUUAGUGUGGUGACAUCUCCUCCAGAGGAUUUUUUGGUCACUACCGAUUCCAGCUCUUCUAUUUCUUCUACUUCAAAUUCAACAACUAGCUUGUCAAGUUCUUUUUUGUCUAACACAGCUAGCAGUUCAGCAGACAGCCGGCACUACUACGAUUAUUACUACAGCUAUUACUACAACUAUUAUUAUGCAAAUAUUUACAAUAUCAGCUACACAAAAACUGCAGAGUACCUUGCACGAGCAGCCGCCAGCGUGCCCACACCAGAGUAA